GUGGUGAGGGGAGAGAUCGGCCGCUCUGUCCAUCGGACAGCGGCUAGCCCUCGGGUGUUGGCGCGCUUCUCGAUCGAUCGAUCAGGCGAUCAGCCGAUCAGGCAGAUAGCUAAAGGCCAAUCGUUGAGGCCGAAAUGGCCCCCCGGCAAACCGGGAGCGGGUGUUACCGGGGCGACAAGGGGCGCAAGGACCAGCGCCGGGAGAGCUACCGCCUGUACAUCCGCCGGGUGCUGAAGCAGAUCUACCCGGAGCGGACCAUCUCGGGCCCAGCCGCCGCGGUGCUCGACUCGAUCGUGGGCGACCUCUUCGAGUGCCUGGCGUGCGAGGCCUCGCGCCUGGUCCGCUACAGCAAGAGGCAGACCCUGUCCUUCCGGGAGAUCCAGAGCGCCGUCCGCCUGCUGCUGCCCGGGGAUCUGGCCAGACACGCCGUGUCCGAGGGCACCAAGGCGGUCAGCAAGUACACCGACUGCCAGUGAAGGAGAGGCACAGGCCAGGAAAGGUUCGGAGCUCAGUCUCGACUCGGAAGAAGAAGGGCGGCAAAAAAAAAGGAAACAAAAAAAUUAGAAAGUGAUGAUGGAUUUUUUUUUUUUAAAUUUAGAGCCACUUUGGGGCGAUAUCCACAGACAUCCCGAGUCCCCACUCUCUUAGUUUGUGUUGUAUGUUUCUUGUUUUCGUGUCUGUGAUUGUACGACUUGUCCAAAAGGGGCUUGUCCGAUCGGAGAUGGAAACGUGAUCCACUGCAUUCCCCCGAAAAUAAUA